UUUGUUUGGGUUCUCCUCUCUUUCCCAGGAGCCUCUGAACUAAGUUGCCGGGAGCUGCGUUCUACCCGCUACAUUACCGAUGGAUCCUGCCGCAGCGUCAAACCUGUAAAAGAACUGGUGUGUUCUGGUCAAUGCCUUCCAGCUCACUUGAUGCCAAACUCAAUUCUAAGGGGAAAAUGGUGGAGAAGCAGCUCAUCCGAUUACCGCUGCAUUCCCGCUCACUCCCGCACCCAGCGGAUACAGCUCCAGUGUCCUAACGGACCAAACCGGACAUACAAAAUCCGAGUCGUCACGUCUUGCAAGUGCAAACGCUACACUCGCCAUCACAACCAAUCGGACGUCAAGGAGUUGUUCAAGAAGCCACGACGCAAUAAGAAGCACCGCAGCAAAGUGCCGUCGGUCAACAGCAAUUCGUACUGA